AUGGGUGCUUGCAUGUCUACGAAAGCCGUGGUGGCUGAGGAAGUCAACCCGGUGCCUCACCCGCAAGCAAGACGAGUCUGGCUCGUCUCGACCCCCGUCGAUUCCCGGGACGUACCACAGGACCUCAUCGGUAUCGACGCCGAUGGCCUCAGAGCCGCCAUGCGCAAUCGCGGCCUUGAGACGGAACACUGGGCCUUGAAGGUCGAUCCGCAAGCCGACGUCAAGGCUGAACCCAGCAUCUUUGACAUCACCGUUCAAGGCGGCAGCUUGGUUUCGCAGGUGCAUUCCACUUCGAGCCCCUAUUGGAAGGGCAUCACCCGUCGUGUAGCUAUCGGCUGGACCCUCUGGACAGACGAAGAGAUUGUCCAAGCCUGCAAGCUUCUCAUUCAAGCGCGACCCAAGUACGACGGCCGCACCAACAACUCGCAGAUGCUGGCACGCCUUUUGGGCCGUCAUGUUGACUAUGUGCCCGCGCCCGCUCAGCAGACCGAGACGGCGACAACGCCGACGUCUACAAGCCCAAGCGGUAGCAUCCUCAAGACCGACUCGUCCACUCACGAUGCCGCCUUGACACCGGGCAACAAUCGUUCUCAGAUGACGCUUGACUCUGGUGCACAGAGUCAAAGAAGCCAUUCGAUCGAGUCGGAUGCUAACGAGAGCAAGGCUGGCCCGGAGAGCAACGUUUCUCGCGUUCCAGCUAGCAUCCGAAAUAGUCAGAGGAUGAGUGUUCACCGUCCUCCUCUCAUCCACUUGUCCACCGCUCCCUCGGCUGCAGCGUCCGAAGCGGGCGUCUUGGUGCGGCCCACGCUGCAGCGAUCGGCAGAGACCGACUCGGGGUCGUCAUCGCCAACGACGGGGUCGGUGCGCAUGUCGCUACCACCGCAGCCACGACACCUGCAGCAGCAACAGCAGACGUCGUCGCCGCUCAACCCAUCCCACCGCAUGCAUCGUCAGACCGCCUCCGAACUCCAACCCCAGGGACGAGCGCGCACCCACUCGGACGCUGCUGCUGCUUAUGCCACAAUGAGCGCUGCUGACCGUCGCAUGACGAUGGACGGUACUGGUCGCGUGCCUCGUGCUUCUCGUCGACGCAGCGAGGCACCCGCUGAAUGGCUGGUUGAGAUGCCUAGUGGUGGUGGUGCUGACGCGCGCUUCAGCUCUGUGCGCUCUCGAUCAGGCCAGGGCCGCGACAUGCGUCGAGACUCGGUCCUGAGUUUGGGUGGCGGCAGCGGCAGCGUGACCGCUUCGCCUUCGAUGGGUGGUUGGGGUGCUCACUCGGGAUUCCCUGCUGCCCCAUCGAUGGUUGGUAUGCCUACGAUGCCGAGUAUGCAGGGCAUGCCAAUGACUGGCUUUGGUGCUCCUUCACAGAUGGGUGGUGGCAUGGGGAUGUUCCCACCUCCUAGCCCGUCGAUGAUGUUCAAUUCUGGAGCACUUCAAGUUCCCAUGCCUUACUUUGCCACGCCACAGAUGCCGUUCUUGCCAUCGAUGCCUAUGCUUGCUCCUCCGUCACCUGGAUUCUACUCGCACGCUUCGAGCGGGGUGCCCACUCCACCGGAGAGCCCACACAUCGCGACUGCGCAUCUGCCCAAGUCGCACGUUCCCGAGAUCAUGUUGAGUCCUCCGGUCAGUUCUCAGCAACGCCACCACCGGCAGUAG